AUAAAGAAAUUUAUGUGUGGAAGUAUGACUUUAAUGUAAUUAAGAAAUAUUAGAGCCAAUCUAUAAUAAUGUCUCAAAUAUAGGGUCUUUUAUGCAAAUACUUUAAAACUCAAAACUGGUUUUGGAUAAUGCGUAAACUAAAUUAAAAAACGAGAGGUGGGUUACUCUGAAACGAGCCUUCUUCUUCUUCGUUGAAGAAAACAUAGAAGAUGAUGAACACACUUCAUGCAUUUCAGACAACCUUAACACCAAACUUUCAUGUUCUUUUCAAUGCCUCGAGACAUUCUCUUUCCCGACCCCAAUUUCUCUGUCUCUCCAAAUCGGGAGACGGAACUUCAGAUUCUGAUUCUGAUCCCGACCCUCCAAAACCCGAAGGCGAUACUCGCAGGCAAGAACUCUUAGCUAGGAUCGCCAUGAUUCAGACAUCGAAGGUCCGUUUGACGGAUUUCUUGGACGAGAGAUCAGAGUAUCUCACCAAGUUUGCUGAAGAAGCCAAUGCGGAGUUUGACAAGGUUGGAGAAGACGCCAUGAAAGACCUUGACGAAGCUAGCACAAGGAUACUGGAGAAUAUCGAAAGCAAGAUGCAAGCUUUUGAGGAAUCUGCGGGAUUGAACAGAUUAGAGAUCGAGGAGAACGAUAAUAAGUUGGCUGAGUUUGAGGAGAAGAUUCAAGUAGACAGGAAUGAAGGAUUGUUCUUUAAAAGCUUACGUGACAAAAAACCAGUGGAUAGAGAGCAAGCUAGAGAGGAAACUGAGAAAAUACAAGAGGUUACCAAAGAAAGUGCAGGAUCAAAGUCAAGAAGGAAUAUUUACCUCGGGUUAAUUGGGAUUGUGGUUCUCGCAAUUGCUGAUUCCUUCGUUUCUUCACCGGAUUGGAGAAAAGUCGCAAUUCUUGGAGCUAUCCUUGUCCCACUGCUCACUCAAUUCGUAUACGAGCAGACAUUAUUAUCAGAAGCAGAUAAGGGAAAGGAAAACAAGAAGGAAUGAACGAUAGAAGCCGACAAACUCUGUAUUAAUCGAAAGAGAUGAAUAUAACUUGAUGGCAUAGACCCAAAGUGUGAAACUUAUCACUUUAGGUUUGAUGCGUCAAGCUACAGCUUUUCUUUUGCAUCAUCAAAUAUCAGAUCUCGAUGAUGUUUACUCGAAUCAUUCAAACUAAUGUGUAUCACCCAAAUGCUUUUGAUGUAUGUAUGUAUGUAUAAUACUAGUUCAUCAGAUGAUAUA